CUGGCAGUGACGUCACGGUGUGCAGGCAUGGCUGUGGAUGGAGCUGCUGGCAGGUUGCUGUCUCUGAGCGGUUUGUUUCCGGUUUAUAAACCCAGAGGGCCGACAUCAGCGCAGCUUCUCGGAGAGCUCAAAGGGAAACUGCUGCGAGGUCAGCAACUCCCAUCACACUCAGCCAGGCCCAGCUGUACAACAUCCACCCCUGACUGCAUCUCCCAUCACACUCAGCCAGGCCCAGCUAUACAACAUCCACCCCUGACUGCAACUCCCAUCACACUCAGCCAGGCCCAGCUGUACAACAUCCACCCCUGACUGCAUCUCCCAUCACACUCAGCCAGGCCCAGCUAUACAACAUCCACCCCUGACUGCAACUCCCAUCACACUCAGCCAGGCCCAGCUGUACAACAUCCACCCCUGACUGCAACUCCCAUCACACUCAGCCAGGCCCAGCUGUACAACAUCCACCCCUGACUGCAACUCCCAUCACACUCAGCCAGGCCCAGCUAUACAACAUCCACCCCUGACUGCAACUCCCAUCACACUCAGCCAGGCCCAGCUGUACAACAUCCACCCCUGACUGCAACUCCCAUCACACUCAGCCAGGCAGAGCAAUCUAUAUCUUCCUGACUGUAACUCUCAUCACACUCAGCCACCCCAUAUACAUAUUUAUUAUCCAUCCCUGACUGCAUCUCCCAUCACACUCAGCCAGGCCCAGCUGUACAACAUCCACCCCUGACUGCAACUCCCAUCACACUCAGCCCAGCUGUACAACAUCCACCCCUGACUGCAUCUCCCAUCACACUCAGCCAGGCCCAGCUGUACAACAUCCACCCCUGACUGCAACUCCCAUCACACUCAGCCAGGCAGAGCAAUCUAUAUCUUCCUGACUGUAACUCUCAUCACACUCAGCCACCCCAUAUACAUAUUUAUUAUCCAUCCCUGACUGCAUCUCCCAUCACACUCAGCCAGGCAGAGCAAUAUAUAGUAUCUGUCCCUGACUGUAACUCCCAUCACACUCAGCCACCCCAUAUAGAUAUAUUAUCCAUCCCUGACUGUUACUCCCAUCUAUAUACACUGAACAAAAUUAUAAACGCAACACUUUUGUUUUUGGCCCCAUUUGUCCACCAGAGCUGUUGCCCGUGAAUUGAAUGUUCAUUUCUCUAUCUACCAUAAGCCGUCACCAAAGGCGUUUCAGAGAAUUUGGCAGUACAUCCAACCUUUAAGUGCAGUGACAAUCUUGAGAAACUUACACAGACCUAAAAAGGGAACAAGAAAAUAUAGCGCAGACGGUUUAUCCAGAUAGGCAAUUGAUGGUAAUAAAUGGCUUAAACCACUCACAUGGACAGGAGCCUAUAUAUUGGCUCCGUAAAGAAGGUCCUUAAUGCUCUUUGGGCAGCAAACACCCUUUUGUCCCAGGCAGUAUCACUCCAGGAGUAUACAGCGAGAGAGAAAACAGAGUAGCAACUGUGUAGAAAGGCACAUACUAUAUUGGUAUAAAUAGUAGUGCUCACCUUUUCCAGAGCCCUGAAAUCCCGGUUCUGAGGUUAGAAAGCAAUGUGCUAUUUGUGGGGGGGAAUAGCACUCUCCCCAAUGGAGUUCCUGACGGCUAGAAAGGACUUUGGACUAACGUAUAAAAUAAUAAUAAUGUUUAUAUUUAUUAACAAUAAAAAUAAAUACAUACUAAAAAAUAAAAAGUCAAAAAUCAAGUUGAAGUCAAAUUAAAAGUCAAAAAUAUUCAGCUAAACGCGUUUCACUCUAUGAGCUUCCUAUUUUGGAUUCCUGGCCACCACUAGCAUCACACACAACCACCCAAAUCAUAUAUCUGUGUAACACCUAGUGACCUGGCACACUGCUCUAACCACUCACAUUCCAUUUAGCACACCCAUCCUGCUCCAUAGAUCUGACUGCUCUCUCCCUAUUCUGUGUGCAAGCAACUAUUAUUAAUGUUUUCAGGCGAAUCCGCCAAGAAUGAUAAACUCUGUAAUUUUACCUAAUUUUCCAUGAUUAUUCACUUUACUGUCAUUUUACCUCUAUUGUUGCUGUAGAUUCUGUAUUGGCAUCAACAACUUCCUGUCUGGUCUUGUGUUACAGGAAAAGCGCUGCCCAGCUGUGUGUUAUCUUGCAAAAAUAGUCAUGAGGUUCCUAUAGGAACAGAUGUAUAUUUUCCCCUCUGAUAGUGUACUCUACGUGUACAUUCGCCUGCAGUCCUUAUUAAUGUGUGUUAGCAGUACAGAGCCCAUAUAACCUGUGCUAGACAUUACAGUGUGGCUUUGUGGGCUCUCUUUUCAGUGGACUUACCCCUGCGUGUCAGUCCAAAUACCCCUAUCCAGGGUGGGUAGAAGGAUUUUUACUGCCCUCCUUCUUUCUCCAAGUUUCUUUUUUUAGUGUCUUCCUUUCCAACAUUCACUACAUGUAUCUGUUCCCCAACUCCUGUCUUUUAAACGAUCACUAUAGUGUCAGGAAAACAAAGCGGUCCCCCUCCUGUGGUGCUGAAGGGGUUAAAAAUAUGAUAGAAACAUUUAAAUACAUAAAGGGAAUCAACACAGUAAAGGAGGAGACUAUAUUUAAAAGAAGAAAAACUACCACAACAAGAGGUCGUAGUCUUAAAUUAGAGGGACAAAGGUUUAAAAAUAAUAUCAGGAAGUAUUACUUUACUGAGAGGGUAGUGGAUGCAUGGAAUAGCCUUCCAGCUGAAGUGGUAGAGGUUAACACAGUAAAGGAGUUUAAGCAUGCGUGGGAUAGGCAUAAGGCUAUCCUAACUAUAAGAUAAGACUAGGGACUAAUGAAAGUAUUUAGAAAAUUGGGCAGACUAGAUGGGCCGAAUGGUUCUUAUCUGCCGUCACAUUCUAUGUUUCUAUGUAAUCUGAACUCUCUGCUCAGCUCCCUCGCGUGACCCGCAGUGAUGCCGGGCUCCAGAAUGUGACAUCACUCUGGCGCCCGACAUCACUAAGCGGCGCAAGGAAGCUGAACAGGAGGAUCAAAACUCCCGCACCGCCUAUUUUGCACACCCACUCCCCUCCCCCUCUUUCACCCCUCACAAUGUCUGCCAGCCCAGCAGCCCCACUGGACCCCAAGUAAAAAUCCAGCCAGCUCUCCCAAAGAUAGUGAGGCUGGGUAGAUUUUAAUUAAUAUAAAAUAAAUAAUUAUUUGUAAAUGUUGGGGGGAAAUGUGUGUGUUUGUGAGUAAAUGUGUUGUUAUAUCUGUCAGUGUGUCUGAGUAAAUGUACCUGUCAGUGAGUUUGUCAGUCAAUGAAUGUGUGUAUGUGUCUGUCUGUCUGUCAGUGAAUGUGUGUUUAUAUCUGUGAGUGUGUUUGUCAGAGAAUGUGUGUUUCUGUAAAGGAGUAUGUGUGUACGUAUGUCUAUCAGUGUGUGCCUGUGAGUGUGUGUGUCUGUCAAUGUGUGUUUGUCAGUGAGUGUGUGCGUAUCUUUCAGUGUGUGUCUGUCAGAUUGUGUCAAAUCAGUGAGUGUAUGUCAGUGUAUGCUGGUCAGUGAGUGGGUGUGUCUGUGUGUGUCAGUAAAAGCAUGUGUUAGUCUUUAACAGGAAGAUGUAUGACCUUGACCGGAAGAAGGAGUGGGGCAAAUUUAAAUUAGGGGUGUCUGAGUUCCGUCAUGCCAAGGCCAGCACAAAUUCAAAAUACACCACUGGAUAUAUUAUAUGUAUAUAUGAUAUAUAAACAUACACUGAUAUAUCAUAUGUAAAUAUAAUAUCUCAACAUAUACUGAUAUAUCGUAUGGAAAUAUGAUAUCUCAACAUAUACUGAUAUAUCGUAUGGAAAUAUAAUAUCUCAACAUAUACUGAUAUAUCGUAUGGAAAUAUAAUAUCUCAACAUAUACUGAUAUAUCGUAUGGAAAUAUAAUAUCUCAACAUACACUGAUAUAUCUUAUGGAAAUAUAACAUCUCAACAUAUACUGAUAUAUCGUAUGGAAAUAUAACAUCUCAACAUAUUCUGAUAUAUCGUAUGGAAAUAUAUCUCAACAUACACUGAUAUAUCGUAUGGAAAUAUAAUAUCUCAACAUAUUCUGAUAUAUCGUAUGGAAAUAUAAUAUCUCAACAUACACUGAUAUAUCGUAUGGAAAUAUAAUAUCUCAACAUACACUGAUAUAUCUUAUGGAAAUAUAAUAUCUCAACAUAUACUGAUAUAUCGUAUGGAAAUAUAAUAUCUCAACAUAUACUGAUAUAUCGUAUGGAAAUAUAAUAUCUCAACAUAUACUGAUAUAGCGUAUGGAAAUAUAAUAUCUCAACAUACUCUGAUAUAUCGUAUGGAAAUAUAACAUCUCAACAUACACUGAUAUAUCGUAUGGAAAUAUAAUAUCUCAACAUACACUGAUAUAUCGUAUGGAAAUAUAAUAUCUCAACAUAUUCUGAUAUAUCGUAUGGAAAUAUAACAUCUCAACAUACUCUGAUAUAUCGUAUGGAAAUAUAAUAUCUCAACAUAUACUGAUAUAUCGUAUGGAAAUAUAAUAUCUCAACAUAUACUGAUAUAUCGUAUGGAAAUAUAAUAUCUCAACAUAUACUGAUAUAUCGUAUGGAAAUAUAAUAUCUCAACAUAUACUGAUAUAUCGUAUGGAAAUAUAAUAUCUCAACAUAUUCUGAUAUAUCGUAUGGAAAUAUAAUAUCUCAACAUAUACUGAUAUAUCGUAUGGAAAUAUAAUAUCUCAACAUAUACUGAUAUAUCGUAUGGAAAUAUAAUAUCUCAACAUAUACUGAUAUAUCGUAUGGAAAUAUAAUAUCUCAACAUACUCUGAUAUAUCGUAUGGAAAUAUAAUAUCUCAACAUACACUGAUAUAUCUUAUGGAAAUAUAAUAUCUCAACAUACACUGAUAUAUCGUAUGGAAAUAUAAUAUCUCAACAUAUACUGAUAUAUCGUAUGGAAAUAUAAUAUCUCAACAUAUUCUGAUAUAUUGUAUGGAAAUAUAAUAUCUCAACAUACACUGAUAUAUCUUAUGGAAAUAUAAUAUCUCAACAUAUACUGAUAUAUCGUAUGGAAAUAUAACAUCUCAACAUAUUCUGAUAUAUCGUAUGGAAAUAUAAUAUCUCAACAUACACUAAUAUAUCGUAUGGAAAUAUAAUAUCUCAACAUAUUCUGAUAUAUCGUAUGGAAAUAUAAUAUCUCAACAUACACUGAUAUAUCGUAUGGAAAUAUAAUAUCUCAACAUAUACUGAUAUAUCGUAUGGAAAUAUAAUAUCUCAACAUACACUGAUAUAUCUUAUGGAAAUAUAACAUCUCAACAUAUUCUGAUAUAUCGUAUGGAAAUAUAAUAUCUCAACAUACACUGAUAUAUCUUAUGGAAAUAUAACAUCUCAACAUAUACUGAUAUAUCGUAUGGAAAUAUAACAUCUCAACAUAUUCUGAUAUAUCGUAUGGAAAUAUAUCUCAACAUACACUGAUAUAUCGUAUGGAAAUAUAAUAUCUCAACAUAUUCUGAUAUAUCGUAUGGAAAUAUAAUAUCUCAACAUACACUGAUAUAUCGUAUGGAAAUAUAAUAUCUCAACAUACACUGAUAUAUCUUAUGGAAAUAUAAUAUCUCAACAUAUACUGAUAUAUCGUAUGGAAAUAUAAUAUCUCAACAUAUACUGAUAUAUCGUAUGGAAAUAUAAUAUCUCAACAUAUACUGAUAUAUCGUAUGGAAAUAUAAUAUCUCAACAUAUACUGAUAUAUCGUAUGGAAAUAUAAUAUCUCAACAUAUACUGAUAUAUCGUAUGGAAAUAUAAUAUCUCAACAUAUACUGAUAUAUCGUAUGGAAAUAUAAUAUCUCAACAUAUACUGAUAUAUCGUAUGGAAAUAUAAUAUCUCAACAUAUACUGAUAUAUCGUAUGGAAAUAUAAUAUCUCAACAUAUUCUGAUAUAUCGUAUGGAAAUAUAAUAUCUCAACAUAUACUGAUAUAUCGUAUGGAAAUAUAAUAUCUCAACAUAUACUGAUAUAUCGUAUGGAAAUAUAAUAUCUCAACAUACUCUGAUAUAUCGUAUGGAAAUAUAAUAUCUCAACAUACACUGAUAUAUCUUAUGGAAAUAUAAUAUCUCAACAUACACUGAUAUAUCGUAUGGAAAUAUAAUAUCUCAGCAUAUUCUGAUAUAUCGUAUGGAAAUAUAAUAUCUCAACAUACACUGAUAUAUCGUAUGGAAAUAUAAUAUCUCAACAUAUACUGAUAUAUCGUAUGGAAAUAUAAUAUCUCAACAUAUUCUGAUAUAUCGUAUGGAAAUAUAAUAUCUCAACAUACACUGAUAUAUCGUAUGGAAAUAUAAUAUCUCAACAUACACUGAUAUAUCGUAUGGAAAUAUAAUAUCUCAACAUAUACUGAUAUAUCGUAUGGAAAUAUAAUAUCUCAACAUAUUCUGAUAUAUCGUAUGGAAAUAUAAUAUCUCAACAUAUACUGAUAUAUCGUAUGGAAAUAUAAUAUCUCAACAUAUACUGAUAUAUCGUAUGGAAAUAUAAUAUCUCAACAUAUUCUGAUAUAUCGUAUGGAAAUAUAAUAUCUCAACAUACACUGAUAUAUCUUAUGGAAAUAUAAUAUCUCAACAUACACUGAUAUAUCGUAUGGAAAUAUAAUAUCUCAACAUAUUCUGAUAUAUCGUAUGGAAAUAUAAUAUCUCAACAUACACUGAUAUAUCGUAUGGAAAUAUAAUAUCUCAACAUACACUGAUAUAUCUUAUGGAAAUAUAAUAUCUCAACAUAUACUGAUAUAUCGUAUGGAAAUAUAAUAUCUCAACAUAUACUGAUAUAUCGUAUGGAAAUAUAAUAUCUCAACAUAUACUGAUAUAUCGUAUGGAAAUAUAAUAUCUCAACAUAUCUGAUAUAUCGUAUGGAAAUAUAAUAUCUCAACAUACACUGAUAUAUCGUAUGGAAAUAUAAUAUCUCAACAUAUACUGAUAUAUCGUAUGGAAAUAUAAUAUCUCAACAUAUUCUGAUAUAUCGUAUGGAAAUAUAAUAUCUCAACAUACUCUGAUAUAUCGUAUGGAAAUAUAAUAUCUCAACAUAUACUGAUAUAUCGUAUGGAAAUAUAAUAUCUCAACAUAUACUGAUAUAUCGUAUGGAAAUAUAAUAUCUCAACAUAUACUGAUAUAUCGUAUGGAAAUAUAAUAUCUCAACAUAUUCUGAUAUAUCGUAUGGAAAUAUAAUAUCUCAACAUACACUGAUAUAUCUUAUGGAAAUAUAAUAUCUCAACAUACACUGAUAUAUCGUAUGGAAAUAUAAUAUCUCAGCAUAUUCUGAUAUAUCGUAUGGAAAUAUAAUAUCUCAACAUACACUGAUAUAUCGUAUGGAAAUAUAAUAUCUCAACAUAUACUGAUAUAUCGUAUGGAAAUAUAAUAUCUCAACAUAUUCUGAUAUAUCGUAUGGAAAUAUAAUAUCUCAACAUACACUGAUAUAUCGUAUGGAAAUAUAAUAUCUCAACAUAUUCUGAUAUAUCGUAUGGAAAUAUAAUAUCUCAACAUAUACUGAUAGAGAUAUAUAUAUGUAUAUAUAUCCAUAUCCUAUGGGGAAGCAUUGGAUUGGCUGAGAUUGUCAAUAUUGAUGAUCUUGGCUGUGGCGUCACUAGCACUGGGAAAUGUGAGUAAAAACAUUUUCCCAUGUGAUUUGGAGGUGGUCAGGUCACUAAACAUACACACUCACCGACAGACACGCAGUGAUUUGAUACACAUACAGGCACACACUGAUAUUGCAACACUCACUCACAAAUUAUUUGUAUUGCUUUAAUGUGUCCACCCAACCUCCCUACCUUUGGGAGAGCUGGAGUGGAUCAGUUUCCCUGGGGUUCAGUGGGGCUGCUUUUAUGUCCCUGCUCUGCAUGCUCUCGCACCGUUUAGCGUGCGGGGUGCUGGAGUGACGUCAUAUUCCGGCUCCCGGCAUCACUGGAGGGUGCGCGGGGGAGCGGAGCAGGGAGAUUACUGCCUGAUUCCCUCAGCUCCCCAUGAAUUAGCUGUCCGUCUCGUCUCUCAGGCAGCUGGUCAGCACGGGGCCUGAACGGGCUCGCAAAGCUCCGAUAAAUACACAUAUGCUGAUCGGUAUAUACAAUGUAUGCAGAUACACUGAUAGAUGUAAUAUAUAUAUAUUUAGCACUGUUUUUGAGGUCUGUUUAAUUAUAUAAUUGUUUGUUUUUGCACUAAAACAGUAAAAACUCUCAGUAAAUUUUUUUAGUGUUUUUGUUUGUUUUGCAGAAGCUGGACUCAAGGAAUAUAUGAAGAAAAGAAAGCAAACUCUGAAAAUAGGACACGGAGGGACCCUUGACAGCUCUGCUUCCGGCGUACUGGGUAAACCCAUAGUACACCAAUAGUGCCAACAUGCUCUACAGCGUUGUACAAAAUAUGGAACAGUUUGUCAGAAUAUUCACACAGCGUGGGCAGAUCCAGCAGUUAUCACAUCGGUCUAUAGUGAUGGAUAGUAUUAACUGUGACAUACGGCAGUAAUAGAUUAAACUCACAAGAUGGAAAUUCAGGAAGCGCCUCAAAGCCCAGAACAGGGCUACAAUGGCUCCACCUUACGUAGUAAUGGAUAAGCUGCAGGCACAGGAACUUCGAAGGACGGAAUCAGGGAUCAGGUACAAAUUGGAUAUUAGGCAUAAAACGCCUGAUUAAAAGUAUAAAAACAAAUACAAAAGUAUAAGUAAAAUAUCUAACGUGUUUCGUCCACUAACAGUGGACUUCCUCAGAGAUAUAUUAAUAAAUAAACCAUGCAGAAUCCCAACCCUCCCUCAGUCCCAUUUAAAACAGCGUUCAGGACUCUUAACCCGGAAGCGGAAAUGUCCCGUGGAACGAAAGCUGAAUGAACUCGGUGAGGAUGAGGGAAGUUUAUGAGCAAUUGAAAACAUUUGAGAAGAUAAGACAUGAGGACCUAUGAGGAAAGUUGGUCCCCUCAUCAACUAAUCAGAUUGUCACAGAACCUUAUCCACCUGGAAGGCCCUUUAAUCAACAUCACUGGACCAGUGUAUUUAAAUGGGACUGAGGGAGGGUUGGGAUUCUGCAUCUUUUAUUUAUUAAUAUGUCUCUGAGGAAGUUCACUGUUAAUGGACGACACACGUUAGAUAUUUUACUUAUACUUUUGUAUUUGUUUUUGUUAUAUACUUUUAAUCAGCUGUUUUAUGCCUAAUAAAUAUCCAAUUUGUACCUUGUAGCGGAGCAGCAAUAUUAAAUCCCACGAUCUCCACUGGUAUAGAAGGUAAUCCACAGUCAAGCGCUGAAAAGUAAGGCAAUAUCCCAAAUCCCCCAGUAACCGGACGAAACACAGUUCUGGGAGUCAACUGAGGUCUUUAUUCACAGCUCCAGUAUUUAUGCAAGUCCCCAUGCAAGGGGUUUCCCUACUGACAUAGCAGGGGUAACACAGUAGGGGACUACAUGGGGGACUUAACAUUCUGGGCAUUUCUCCCAUCAGGCACUGCUGGACGAGAGGGAUACUCCCACUGGAAUACACCGUUAAGUGGAUUAUCCCUCCGUGCAGCAGAACCGGCAUUUCACAUUUAAAUACAUCACUUUUACACUAUUCCGUUUAUUUACACGAAUUGACGUUCGGUAGAUAGCUGGGGUCUGAGCACACAUUUCGUGGGAAUACCGCUCAGAUCCCAGCUAAAACAACCGAACACCGCACGAAAUACACUUUGCCAUCGAGUUCACCUAAACGUACCGAACAUCGAUGGGGAACCACAAUAAAGAAAGACCGGAGCUCCCGAAAGGCCUGGAAGUCCAGAGGUGUUUUCGCGCAGUCGAGUAGCCAUUUUCAGUUCCACGCGCUCGACGACCAAACAUCGCUGGUGAGACAAAGGAUCCAAGAUGCCGACCGCCGCGUGGUCGGUAGCCGAACGACGGCCACCUAGGAAAGUCUCUAAUUACCGAUUGCAACAUUGUUGCAAUCGGUUAAUGAGCGCCACACGUCCCUCUAUGUGUGGGCUAUUAGGGGGUAGCUCAUUCGGUUCACGAACAGCCAGUAAAGUCGCUGUUCGUGAAACGAAACACAUGAAUGCUAGCGGCUUUCGGCUGCUAGCAUAUGAAUUCCAUACACAUAACAUUAUCACACAAGGUUAUACAUAUAGUACAGCGGUUAUUACAGACAACCUUUUCAUAUAUAUAGUCCAGCAUGCUACAAGUGGCGAAGUUUGCCACAUACCUGAUCCCUGAUUCUGUCCAUUGAAGUUCCUGUUCCUGCCGAUUAUCCAUUACUGCGUAAGGUGGAGAGCGGACCAUUGUAGCCCUGUUCUGGGCUUUGAGGCGCUUCUUGAAUUUCCUUCUUGUGAGUGCAAUCUAUCACUGCCGUGUGUCACAGUUAAUACUAUACAUCACUAUGUAUUGUUUUAUAAUCUAGCUGUAUCCCAAUCUUUGUAUUAUUUAACUGACAUAACAGAGGCGUUAGUGGGGAAGGCCUCUUGGGAAGCUGUUUUUAUCGUAUUAAGCGAAGUACAUUUAUCCUACCCAUCAUUUGUUUUGUUGGCGGGUAGAGCACUUGUUUGUAUCACAUCGGUCUAAACUGAUUGGGAUUCCUAAAUCUCUCCAGGAAUUGGGAGAAAAUGUGUCCAUACGCUUUCACGCUUAUUUACUAAACGAGAAUUUCAAAUUUAAGUCCAGAGUUGCCGAAUUGAAAGCAUCGCUGAUUUUUCCAGAUAUUUUUAUUUAGUGAAUACUCUGAAAGUGAAAUCUCAAACGUUAAACUAAAAGAGCUGACCUAGAAACAUAGCUGCCGUUUCCUGGCAAGUGUUACUUUAGUAAAAAGCCAUUUAUAUUGUAAGUUAUUGCACAUUCAGAGAGCAUUACCAAUACAUUGUGUGCAUUUCCGUAUUAUUACUAUUUGUGAAUGUCUGCAUUAUGAUGAUAAAUUCGCAUUGUUUUCGGCUAUUUUAGUAGUUGGUAUUGGAGAUGGCACCAAACUGCUCAACUCAAUGCUGUCUGGCUCCAAGGUAAGAUAAUUAGAUUGUGCCCAUCCUUUAGUGAUUGGGACUGCCCCACUUUUAGAACAAUUUAAAUCAUUUAGUUUAAACUGUAUUUUUUUAAAUGUUUUCUUCAAGUUGAAAUAAUAUAUUUUGUGUUGUAUUUCCUGUCUCCGAUCUGCUCUGAACGGUUCACUCAUAGAAAGCCAUGGCAGUACUUUGAUUUGCUGGGAGCUGUCUGCCACUUCCUGGUUUAGGCAAUUCCUACAGAUCCUGGAACGUUGAUUAGUAUUUAGAAAUGGGAGGUUAGUCCCAGCCUGAUCUCCCUCUAGCAGAUGGACCCAGAUGUUUCUCUGGGGGUCUAUUCAAUAAACCCUGGAUUGAAAUGGCAUAAUGUUUCGAUAACGCUGAAUUCCAGUUCUGCAGUUUGUUUCCUAAUCUUUUAGUUGGUUCAAGGCGGAGAAACCUCAUCCCACCAGCUACUCCCAUUACUUAGUCAUUCAGAGCAGCUGAGAGUAAUGGGAUUUUCAGUUCAGCUGCCAAUAGAUACUGGCAUUUUUCUAGCCCGGCCACAGGUAGCUCUGUCUGUUGUGUGAAUCCGGCUUCUCUUCCUGUUACAGAAAUACACAACCAUUGGCGAGAUGGGGAAAGCCACAGAUACCCUGGAUGCGUCCGGUACGGUGACUGAAGAGAAGUCCUACGGUAUGCACGGCUAGAGAGGUGUUAAUAAGACAAUGUUUUCUGUAUCUAUCCCGUUUAUAAUUUAUUCUUACAAGUAAUGAUGUUAGACAGGAAGUAUAACGGCCUGUAGCUGCUCACGGAGAUUAAAAAUGGGGAUUGCAUUGUCUGUAAAUGUAGUUAUUGACUCAACUGAUAUAACUGACAGAGAGAGAGAAAAUAUAGGCUGGAUAAGUCCUUUAAUUAACUGAAUUGGGUGGACCUUGAGGAUGGGGGUCAUCUCGACCCCCUUGGGGUUUAGACCUUCAAAAAUAGUUUGACCCCUUCGGGUAACACUGCACACAGGACCCCCAUGUACCAUAACAAUGUCAUUGAGCUGUAUACAUUAUCUUCACAAUACAUUGGAAUGGGAGUGUACCUCAUCCAGUCUGCAGUUUUCCUUUAAGUUUUCUAAACAAGAUACUCUUAGAUUGUAAGCUCAUCUGAGCAGGUCCUGAUUCAUCUCUUGUCUCUGCUGUAUUCUGUAUGUCAGUUGCUAGUUGUCCAAUAUGCCUGUCUGUUAUUGGAAAGCACUGCGGAAUAAGUUGGUGCUACAUAAAUGAUAAUCAUAAUGAAGUUGUUAUGGUGCCUGGAGUGUUCUUUUUACAUGUAACAGUUAUUGGAUUACCAUAGUUUUUCGAAUCCAUUGAAAAACAUGUUCGUUAAGGGUUGGUUAUGCGUGGUAAAAUAAGAUACGGCUUUAAGGUUUAAUUGUGCGUGAGUUUGCAGAGACUGUAAAACUGGUUAAUAUGCUGCUCUGGAAGAACAUGGUUCUCUAGUAAUUUAUUUUAAGGGAUCAGAGAGAAGAUAAGGAAUUUGUUUUCUGUUAGUGACAGUGUUGUGGACUCUGAGUAUGUCUGAUAUUCUGCCAGCAGGAGGUGCUGUUAUUCCAAUCCAUUAAAUCAUACAUUGUGUACAGUAACAAUUGGUUCAAAGAACCUGGUUACCUUUUUAGACAUGCACAGCUGUGAGCCGGUUUUGAUGUAAUUCAGACAAUAUUUUUAAUUCACAUUUCCAUUCAGUUGCCAAAUCUUUCAGUGGUUUAGAUGAGGAGAUAAGUCCCUAAUUUAGGCUUGCCAUAUUUAAGGAUACCUAAUUAGGCGGAAUGUUUAGUAGAUGGCUUUUUUGGUAUCCUUAACCCUAAAUAAUUUAUGAUAGAAUAAUGCCACUAAGACAUUCUAUCAGUACUCCCAAGAAAAAUGCUCAAAGAGCAUUUUUAAAAUAACGUUUGAUUACCUUACUCAGGAGCUUCCCCGAGUGCUUCUGACGUCAAGGGAGCUGCGCUGAGAUCCAAUUAAAGGAGCACUAUAGUGCCAGGAAAAUAAACUAGUUUUCCUGACAUUAUAGGGUCGUUAGGUCCCCCCUCCCUCUGGGCUGAAGAGGUUAAAACCCCUUCAGCCAUUUACUUUUCUCCAGCGCCGGGCUCCCUCUGUGCUGGGAACUCUCCACCCCUGCUGACUUCAGCUCCAAAUGCGCAUGCACGGCAAGAGCCGUGCGCGCAUUCAAACAGCCCGUAUGAAAGCACUACUCAAUGCUUUCCUAUGGACGUCCAGCGUCUUCUCACUGUGAUUUUCAUAGUGAGAAUCGCGGAAGCGCCUCUAGCGGCUGUCAGUGAGACAGCCAUUAUUAUUAUUAUUAUGAUGAUGAUGAUAUUUAUGUAGCGCCAUCAAAUUCCGCAGCACUUUACAAUGGGUGGACGAACAGACGUAGUUGUUACCAGACAAGUUGGACACACAGGAACAGAGGGGUUGAGGGGGGGGCCCUGCUCAGUGAGUUUACAUGUUAGAGGGAGUGGGGUAUAGUGACACAGUAAGAGAGGGAUUGAGGGCCCUGCUCAGUGAGUUUACAUGCUAGAGCGAGUGGGGUAUAGUGACACAGUAACAGAGAGAUUGAGUGCCCUGCUCAGUGAGUUUACAUGUUAGAGGGAGUGGCGUAUAGUGACACAGUAACAGAGGGAUUGAGGGCCUGCUCAGUGAGUUUACAUGUUAGAGGGAGUGGGGUAUAGUGACACAGUAACAGAGGGACUGAGGCCCUGCUCAGCGAGUUUACAGGUUAGAGGGAGUGGGGUUGAUCUGGAUGCCUAUAGUGGUCCUUUAAAGGUUUCUCUUUGAACCAUUUUACAGCCUCAGGGCGCAUGUACACCCUCUGAGUCAGGGAAGGAUGGAGGGCAUGGAUUAAACAAUAUUGUGGAUCGUAUUGGGAGGAGGGAGGGCCUCCUUCAUUGUGGGAGGGAAGACGAACUUCUCCCUUGUAGUGCGCGCUGAUGGCAGACCUUUCAUGGACAGAAUUUACAUUACAGUCCGGAACAGAGUUCUGGUUCUUGUGCUGCACGUGUCAAAUAUCUCUGGAUGUGCACAUAUCCAGACUCCUACCACCAUGACUACUUCAAAAAGCUGAAGUGGCUGGAUUAACCCUUUAAAUAUGGCAAUCCAACGUAAAGAUACCAGAUUGGGGAGCUGUCUACUAAACAGCUGAAUGUUUUAAAUUAACAAACACUUUUCUUCAUUUUCAUCGUUCAUCUGUUUAGUAACUGGCUCCCUAACCCUUGUGCGCGAUGGCCAUAUUGAAGGACAAGACACAACAGCUUCUUAAUUUAUUACCCUUAAAUAUGGAAUGAACUAAUGAACAAAUCGCACAUGGAAUCUCGUGGAGUAGUUCAUUGGUCUAUUUUUUUCGAUGUGCCUUUUGAAAAUUUGGACGAAUGGCUGAAUGAGCUGAUUUUUCUUCGAAUUGUAAAUUAUAAUUUUUUUUUUUGGGACUUGGCUACAAAUAGUCAUAGCUGCAUGCGCGCUGAUAUAAAUGGCACCCAGAACCUCACUUUUCCCUCUUACUUCUAAAAACACCUUACUCCAAAUGGUAUGUCCUCUGUGAGAACUUGCUAUUGAGUAACUUAUAAUCAGCAAUGUAGAUUCCUAUUUCAGAGCAGAAUGCUAUUUCCAGUUGCUGUUUGUCCUGGCUGCGCAGUAUUCAUGGCGAAUGAGAAGUGUGUGUGUGUGUGACGUGCGUACUGGACAUUACAGGAGACUGUGGAAAGUAGAUCUUUUCAGAUGACCUCCUCGAUGAACAGCUGAGACUUAAGGGAAAUAGAUUCUGGUUUUGAUAUAAAGAACCUUUCUCAAAAAAAGUUCUAAAAAUGGAGCAGUAACCAUGGAAACUGAUGGAAUGUUUCCACUGAUUGCUCUGUUAGAACUUUGUCCCAGAAUUGCCGGCACACAUAGGCACCGUUGUUACAUAACUUGGCAUUCCUGCCGGCUGCUGAACUCUUCUCUAAGCUGCUCUUCCUGCAGCCAGAUAGUUUGGUUUUUUUUGUUGUUUUUUUUUUAUAUCAUUAGGUUUUGGCAAUGGGAGAUAUCCCUGAGAUGUUUAUCUGAUUGUUGAAUUUUUUUUUUUUUUUCAAAAUUUCAUUUUUUAUUAUAAUUUUGAAGAUUAAACAAGUAUUAAACAGUAAUAGUUGUUUCAUCACAAGAUAAACAACAAAAUAUGAAUAUUACAUUACAGUGAAUACAAAUCUACAUAAAAAGACAUACAAUGUAAAUAAGAUAUCAGGUCAGCCAUCGGGAUCUGGGAGUUGGACGGAGUCAGUGUCACUUCUGGAAUAAAAGGGAAUCAUGACAUGUCACACAUGUCAUGUGUCGUUAAGGUGUUAAAGUAAUCAUUUAGAGCUAGAGCCACUUUCGGAAGAUUAUUAUCCGUGUUUUAUCUUACAAAUGCAUCUAUGCCAGGGUUAUUAAUUUAAAUGAGGUAUAGAUAGUUUAUUCUUUGUAGUAAUCAAACCAUUUCCCCCAAAUCUUAUUGUAGGAAUUGAUAUUAUUAUCCUUAAAAUAUACCGCCUUUUCCAUUAAAAAGGCAGGAGAUAUAUAGAGGGAGAUAUAUUCUGUUUCCAUUUUCUAGCAAUGCACAGUUUGACAGCCAUCAAGACAUGUAUAGUCAAAUAUUUGGAGAAUUAAUCCAUUUUUGGGAAGUCUAAAUGGAAUAAGAAUCUUUCUGGAGAUAGCGUAAUAUUUCAUUUUAAAUCAAUAAAAAGUUUAGAUAAUUCCAAUUUAAGAAUAUCUAAUCCUGUACAGUCCCACCACAUUCACUAUUACAACACCAACAGAUAUUUGCGGAGUUAGCUUGGAAUUUACAUAUUUUCAUAGGGACCAAAUUCCAUCUAUGGAUAAGUUUAAGGUUUGUUUCCUGUAUGUUUAUACAAUGGACUGUUUUCCUUAAAACUUCAAAUACUUUUGACCAAUCCUGACAUGAAAAAGAUUUAUUUAAUUUGGUUUCCCAUCUAGAGAUCGUAUUGUAUUUUACUUCUUGGUGUAAUACCUCCAAAGAUCUUCUAACUGCAGAAGGUUUAUUUUUAACCUCUCCAAAAAGGAUCUUGUCAAAAGGCCAGUCUUUAAUUAUACUUACCUUAUAAAGAAAGUUUUUUUAUUCUUAAGUGAAAUGUUCUUUAUUUACAAGUCCAGUUUUUUCUUUAAUACUUGGAAAGCCGCUAAUACCAGAGGUAUCGUAUAGGGCCUGAAUUUUUAUCCCAUCUCUAACUAACCAACCAGAUACAUUUAGAUCUUUAAUGAAGAAUUUUUAAAUUUUCAAAGGGGCAUUUGAGGAAAUUUGAUUUUGAGCAAAGAAUUAUUUCUUUAUUGGUAUUAUAGAUUGAAAAGUAUGGGAUAAUUAAAUUAUCAAUAGGUAGGUUUUUAAAGAGUUUUUAUCUAUCCAGAAAGGAUCGAAAGGGUCAAAGUUAUUACAUAAACUCUUUUCAUAUAAAUACCAAGCUUUCAGCUUUGAAAUGUUAAUAAAUAGUGUGAAAACAUUACUGUGUCGUGGAUAUAGAAUAUAUUCGGAAAGGAUAGACCUCCUUCUGCUAAUCUAUCUGACUUAACUUUAAGAGCAAUCCUGGGUUUUUGUUUCCCUAAACAUAAGAUACAAACAGACCAUGAAACAAUUGAAGUAUUUUCUUUGGGACUCUAAGUGGGAUAGUACGAAGCAGAUAUUCUAAUUUUGGAAGUAGAUAUGCUCUAAUGAUGUUUAUUCUUCCAAGCCAAGAUAUUUGUAAUUUAGACCAUUUUAAAAUUGUAUUUUUAAAUUCUCUAAAGAUUAUGGUAUAAUUAUCAGUGGUCCAUUCUUCAAUAUUAAAUUUAUAUUUAUCCCCAAAUAAUAUAAAGAAUUGGACCAUUUAAAUUCACAGUUAUUAUUCAGGUUUCUUAUUAAUGAGCUUGGUAGAUUAUCAUGCAGAGCUUGUGUUUUUUACAUAUUGAUCUUAUAGUUCGAAAAUCUACUAUAUAUCUGAUUGUUUAUUGAUAACGCUGUGACUGCUGGGUUCACCUGUUGGUAACAUUUUGUUAAUUGUCUUGUUGUGCAGAUCAUGUUAGUAAGGACGACUUGGAGAAAGUGCUUCAGUCUUUUACCGGGGAAAUCAUGCAAGUCCCCCCUCUGUAAGUAACGUACAUCCUUUAUGGGCUUGUGGGUUUGCUAUAAAAAUAAAUAUUCUUUUAAAUAGUCUAGUUAAUCAGUAGAACAAACUUGUGCAUUAGUGUUUUUGUUUUGUCUUUUUAAGGGGAACUAAAAUAAUGUCUGCACAGAACAAGUAACUGUACCCUGCAGGGUUCAGUGUUCAGUCUAUGGAAAGCUGCAGGGUUCAGUAUUUAGUCUUUGAGGAGCUGCAGGGUUCAGUCUAUGGAGAGCUGCAGGGUUCAGUCUAUGGAGAGCUGCAGGGUUCAGUCUAUGGAGAUCUGCAGGGUUCAGUCUAUGGAGAGCUGCAGGGUUCAGACUAUGGUCAGCUGCAGUGUUCAGUCUAUGGAGAGCUGCAGGGUUCAGUAUUCAGUCUUUGAGGAGCUUCAGGGUUCAGUCUAUGGAGAUCUACAGGGUUCAGUCUAUGGAGAGCUGCAGGGUUCAGACUAUGGUGAGCUGCAGGGUUCAGUCUAUGGAGAGCUGCAGGGUUCAUUGUUCAGUGUAUGGAGAGCUGCAGGGUGCAGUGUUCAGUAUAUGGAGAGCUGCAGUGUUCAGUAUAUGGAGAGCUGCAGGGUUCAGUCUAUGGAGAGCUGCAGGGUUCAGUCUAUGGAGAGCUGCAGGGUCCAGUGUUCAGUCUAUGGAGAGCUGCAUGGUUCAGUCAAUGGAGAGCUGCAUGGUUCAGUCAGUGGAGAGCUGCAUGGUUCAGUCAAUGGAGAGCUGCAGGGUUCAGUCUGUGGAGAGCUGCAGGGUUCAGUCUGUGGAGAGCUGCAGGGUUCAGUCUGUGGAGAGCUGCAGGGUUCAGUCUGUGGAGAGCUGCAGGGUUUAGUCUAUAGAGAGCUGCAGGGUUCAGUCUAUGGAGAGCUGCAGGUCUCAAUAGCCUGAACAACAAACCCUGCAGCUCUCCAUAGACUGAACCCUGCAGCUAUGGUGAGCUGCAGUGUUCAGUCUAUGAAAAGCUGCAGGGUUCAGUGCAGGGUGCAGCUCUCCAUAGUCUAUUAUUGAGGGUUCAACCUAUUGAGAGCUGCAGGGUUCGUUGUUCAGGCUAUGGAGAGCUGCAGGGUUCGUUGUUCAGGCUAUGGAGAGCUGCAGGGUUCAGUAUUCAACCUAUUGAGAGCCGCAGGGUUCAGUAUUCAACCUAUGGAAAGCCGCAGGGUUCAGUAUUCAACCUAUGGAGAGCCGCAGGGUUCAGUGUUCAACCUAUGGAGAGCAGCAGGGUUCAGUGUUCAGUCUAUGAGGAGCUGCAGGGUUCAGUGUUCAGUCUAUGGAGAGCUGCAGGGUUCAGUCUAUGGAGAGCUGCAGGGUCCAGUGUUCAGUCUAUGGAGAGCUGCAGGGUUCAGUUUAUGGAGAGCUGCAGGGUUCAAAAUUCAACCUAUUUAGAGCUGCAGGAUUCAGUAUUCAACAUAUUGAGAGCUGCAGGGUUCAGUGUUCAGUCUAUGGAGAGCUGCAGGGUUCAGUUUUCAGUUUAUGGAGAGCUGCAGGGUUCAGUGUUCAGUCUAUGGAGAGCUGCAGGGUUCAGUGUUCAGUCUAUGGAGAGCUGCAGGGUUCAGUCUAUGGAGAGCUGCAUGGUUCAGUCUAUGGAGAGCUGCAGGGUUCAGUCUAUGGAGAGCUGCACGGUUCAGUCUAUGGAGAGCUGCAGUGUUCAGUCUAUGAGGAGCUGCAGGGUUCAAUCUAUGCAGUAUCGUAUCUUCCUAUUCCCGUGUCACAUUUGAGCACUUUCUCUUCCAGUUUCUCUGCCCUGAAAAGAGAUGGGAAAAGACUGUCCUGUCUCCUGCGAGAGGGCGUGGAGGUCGAAGCCAAGCCUGCUCGGCCAGUGAUGGUGUACAACAUUUCUGUGACCGAUUUUCAGCCGCCUCUUUUUACGCUCGGUAAGGCUUUCCAGGACAUCCUGCAGGGGAAGCCACUCAUCGUCUGAGUCCAGAUCAUCCACCAUCGCAGAACCUGCAGAAUGAUGCGUCCCGAGUAUUACCACUGAAUUCCUGGAUAUUUGGAAUUAUUCAUACUACGUGAUGCCAUUUGUAAUAUGACUUCAACAAGUCACCACAAAUAUACUGUCACAACAUUCCUCCUGGAUGUCUCACCUUAAAGGAUCACUAUAGUGUCAGGAAAACAAAGCGGUUUUCCUGACACUAUAGUGCCCUGAGGGUGCCCCCACCCUCUGGGUCCCCCUCCCGUGGCGCUGAAGGGGUUACUUACCUUAGCCACUUACCUUAAUCCAGCGCCGGGCUCCCUCGGCACUGGUGACCUCUCCUCCCCGUCCAACGUCACUGGAGCCUUGGACGCCUGGCUCCCUCGGCACUGGUGACCUCUCCUCCCCGUCCAAUGUCACUGGAGCCUUGAAUGCUUUCCUAUGGGCGCUCUGCACGAUGGAGGCGAAAUUCGCCUCCAGCGUCACAGGUGCGCCUGUAGUGGCUGUCCGGGAGACAGCCACUAGAGGCUGGAUAACCCCAAAUGUAAACAUGUGUUAGCAUCUGAAGGGUUAAAACCUGAGGGACCUGGCACCCAGACCACUUCAUCGAGCUGAAGUAGUCUGGGUGACUAUAGUGUCCCUUUAAUAGACACAGUCCUUCUCUGUGUUUCUAACGCUUCUAAUUCACUCAUACCAGUAUUCCUGGGUUCCAUAAAAAGAAAAAUACAAAAAAAAAAGUCAAAAAUAUCUGAAAUCUGCCCCCCAGGGGUGAAUUGUUUGCCCCCCAGGGGUGGUUUGUUUAACAAAUAAUUACCAUAUGAUAAUGAAAUCCCGAAUCCCUAAAUAGCUGAUUGUAUUGAGAACCUUCUACCAGUAGACUGGCUUAAUAUCUCACACGCUGAGACACACCUUUUACAUCUGUUUUGGGGUACAUGUGAGAUUUCCUGGUUUUCUUUGUUAUGUCUGUUUUAAGAGUGUUAAUAAAAGGAACACUAUAGUCAUCAGAACUACAGCUUAAUGUACAGUAUACAGCUUAAUGUACGGUAUACAGCUUAAUGUACGGUAUACAGCUUAUUGUACGGUAUACAGCUUAUUGUACAGCAGACAGCUUAUUGAAUUUGUUCUGGUGAGUAGAAUCAUUCCCUUCAGGCUUUUUGCUGUAAACACUGUUUUGUUUCAGAGGAAAUGCAGUGUUUACAUUACAGCCUAGUGAUAACUUCACUAAUCACUCCUCAGAUGGCUGAGAGAGGUGCUUCCUGGGCCAGUGCUGCACAGUGUGACUGACAUCCAGUGUCUCCACCCUCUCAAUGCAGACACUGAACUUUCCUCAUAGAGAUGCAUUGAUUUAAUGCAUCUCUAUGAGGAGAUGCUGAUUGGCCAGGGAGGCGUUUGGCUCUGCCCCCGGUCCGCAUCCUUGGCUGAGAUCAGAAUUGAAAAUCUCAGCCAAUCCAAUGCUUUGUGGCUGGCUGAGAUCAUCACUUCUGAUGUCAGCCAAGCAGGCAGAUCAGGGGUAAGGGGGUGGGAGCCAGGGGGCUAGAUGGUAUUUUUAACAUUAUAUGGUCAGGAAUACAUGUUAAUAGUGUUCCUCUAAAUUCAUUCAUCCGUGUUUUAUUGUAUACUUACAUAGGAUACCAUGAUAAUCCGUGUUUUAUUGUGUUAUUACAUAGGAUACCAUGAUAAUCCGUGUUUUAUUGUGUUAUUACAUAGGAUACCAUGAUAAUCUGUGUUUUAUUGUGUUAUUACAUAGGAUACCACGAUAAUCUGUGUUUUAUUGUGUUAUUACAUAGGAUACCAUGAUAAUCCGUGUUUUAUUGUGUUAUUACAUAGGAUACCAUGAUAAUCCGUGUUUUAUUGUGUUAUUACAUAGGAUACCACGAUAAUCUGUGUUUUAUUGUGUUAUUACAUAGGAUACCAUGAUAAUCCAUGUUUUAUUGUGUUAUUACAUAGGAUACCAUGAUAAUCCAUGUUUUAUUGUGUUAUUACAUAGGAUACCAUGAUAAUCUGUGUUUUAUUGUGUUAUUACAUAGGAUACCAUGAUAAUCCGUGUUUUAUUGUGUUAUUACAUAGGAUACCAUGAUAAUCUGUGUUUUAUUGUGUUACUACAUAGGAUACCAUGAUAAUCUGUGUUUUAUUGUGUUAUUACAUAGGAUACCAUGAUAAUCCGUGUUUUAUUGUGUUAUUACAUAGGAUACCAUGAUAAUCUGUGUUUUAUUGUGUUAUUACAUAGGAUACCAUGAUAAUCCAUGUUUUAUUGUGUUAUUACAUAGGAUACCAUGAUAAUCUGUGUUUUAUUGUGUUAUUACAUAGGAUACCAUGAUAAUCCAUGUUUUAUUGUGUUAUUACAUAGGAUACCAUGAUAAUCUGUGUUUUAUUGUGUUAUUACAUAGGAUACCAUGAUAAUCCGUGUUUUAUUGUGUUAUUACAUAGGAUACCAUGAUAAUCCGUGUUUUAUUGUGUUAUUACAUAGGAUACCAUGAUAAUCUGUGUUUUAUUGUGUUAUUACAUAGGAUACCAUGAUAAUCCGUGUUUUAUUGUGUUAUUACAUAGGAUACCACGAUAAUCUGUGUUUUAUUGUGUUAUUACAUAGGAUACCAUGAUAAUCUGUGUUUUAUUGUGUUACUACAUAGGAUACCAUGAUAAUCUGUGUUUUAUUGUGUUAUUACAUAGGAUACCAUGAUAAUCGUUUUAUUGUGUUAUUACAUAGGAUACCAUGAUAAUCUGUGUUUUAUUGUGUUAUUACAUAGGAUACCAUGAUAAUCCGUGUUUUAUUGUGUUAUUACAUAGGAUACCAUGAUAAUCUGUGUUUUAUUGUGUUAUUACAUAGGAUACCAUGAUAAUCCAUGUUUUAUUGUGUUAUUACAUAGGAUACCAUGAUAAUCUGUGUUUUAUUGUGUUAUUACAUAGGAUACCAUGAUAAUCCAUGUUUUAUUGUGUUAUUACAUAGGAUACCAUGAUAAUCUGUGUUUUAUUGUGUUAUUACAUAGGAUACCAUGAUAAUCCAUGUUUUAUUGUGUUAUUACAUAGGAUACCACGAUAAUCUGUGUUUUAUUGUGUUAUUACAUAGGAUAACACGAUAAUCCAUGUUUUAUUGUAUUAUUACAUAGGAUACCAUGAUAAUCCAUGUUUUAUUGUAUUAUUACAUAGGAUACCAUGAUAAUCCAUGUUUUAUUGUAUUAUUACAUAGGAUACCAUGAUAAUCUGUGUUUUAUUGUGUUAUUACAUAGGAUACCAUGAUAAUCCGUGUUUUAUUGUGUUAUUACAUAGGAUACCAUGAUAAUCCAUGUUUUAUUGUGUUAUUACAUAGGAUACCAUGAUAAUCUGUGUUUUAUUGUGUUAUUACAUAGGAUAACACGAUAAUCCAUGUUUUAUUGUAUUAUUACAUAGGAUACCAUGAUAAUCCAUGUUUUAUUGUAUUAUUACAUAGGAUACCAUGAUAAUCCAUGUUUUAUUGUGUUAUUACAUAGGAUAUCAUGAUAAUCCAUGUUUUAUUGUGUUAUUACAUAGGAUACCAUGAUAAUCCAUGUUUUAUUGUAUUAUUACAGAGGAUACCACGAUAAUCUGUGUUUUAUUGUGUUAUUACAUAGGAUAACACGAUAAUCCAUGUUUUAUUGUAUUAUUACAUAGGAUACCAUGAUAAUCCAUGUUUUAUUGUAUUAUUACAUAGGAUACCAUGAUAAUCCAUGUUUUAUUGUGUUAUUACAUAGGAUACCACGAUAAUCUGUGUUUUAUUGUGUUAUUACAUAGGAUACCAUGAUAAUCCAUGUUUUAUUGUGUUAUUACAUAGGAUACCAUGAUAAUCUGUGUUUUAUUGUGUUAUUACAUAGGAUAGCAUGAUAAUCUGUGUUUUAUUGUGUUAUUACAUAGGAUACCAUGAUAAUCUGUGUUUUAUUGUGUUAUUACAGAGGAUACCACAAUAAUCUGUGUUUUAUUGUGUUAUUACAUAGGAUACCAUGAUAAUCCAUGUUUUAUUGUAUUAUUACAUAGGAUACCAUGAUAAUCCAUGUUUUAUUGUGUUAUUACAUAGGAUACCACGAUAAUCUGUGUUUUAUUGUGUUAUUACAUAGGAUACCAUGAUAAUCUGUGUUUUAUUGUGGUAUUACAUAGGAUACCAUGAUAAUCUGUGUUUUAUUGUGUUAUUACAUAGGAUAGCAUGAUAAUCUGUGUUUUAUUGUGUUAUUACAUAGGAUACCAUGAUAAUCUGUGUUUUAUUGUGUUAUUACAUAGGAUACCAUGAUAAUCUGUGUUUUAUUGUGUUAUUACAUAGGAUAACACGAUAAUCCAUGUUUUAUUGUAUUAUUACAUAGGAUACCAUGAUAAUCCAUGUUUUAUUGUGUUAUUACAUAGGAUAUCAUGAUAAUCUGUGUUUUAUUGUGUUAUUACAGAGGAUACCAUGAUAAUCUGUGUUUUAUUGUGUUAUUACAUAGGAUACCAUGAUAAUCUGUGGUGUAUUACUCAUUACUGCUGUACAUUGUUAUCUUGAACUGUUACAGCAGUUAGGAAAUGAUUCAAUAUGAAUUUAAUAUUUCAUUCUGCCCUUUGCCCCUCCGAGCUCUUACACCCUUUCCUUCCUCAGUAACGUUCGUGUUUUUAGAUGAAAGUAACUGUUUAAUUGUCUCCAACAGAUAUCGAAUGUGGAGGAGGCUUUUAUGUCAGGAGCCUUGUCAGAGACAUCGGGAAAGGUGAGUGAAUGACCUUUAAAGGAAUUUGGGGGGGAAUUGUAAUGGUUUCUGACCUUUGAAUAAAUUUGGGGGUGAAUUUUAAUGGUUUGUGAACUUUAAUGAAUUUGGGGAUGAAUUGUAAUGGUUUAUUGACCUUUGAAUGAAUUUUGGGGUGAAUUGUAAUGGUUCGUGACCUUUGAAUGAAUUUGGGGGUGAAUUGUAAUGGUUCGUGACCUUUGAAUGAAUUUGGGGGUGAAUUGUAAUGGUUCGUGACCUUUGAAUGAAUUUGGGGGUGAAUUGUAAUGGUUCGUGACCUUUGAAGGAAUUCUGAGGUACUUUAAAGAAGAUCAGUAACCAGAGAAGUCCUCUCAAUUAUGGAGCAAAGUGCAGGUGGUGGGGACUGUCUAGCGACCAAGACGGUCGCUUGGAACUGAAGCUUCUAUGGGGAAUUUACUUUAUAGCCUCAACCUAGACUUUGUCGCUCUUUUUGUUGGCUAAAUCUUGCUACUGUUCUGGAGAAACCACAAGUACACAAGAAAUGGAUUAGCGCUAAUAUCAGUGGAUAGGCAGUAACCACAACAAAGGGGAUCCCUCUCGCCCUUUGAAAAAAAACUGAGAUGUACAAAGAUAGAUAGGGGCUGCGCCACAGGGAUAAACAGAAUAUAGUCAAUAACAGAAAAUCCAGUGGUAUAAAAGAAAACCUUUAGGUUCACACCAGAUGGUGUCUUUAUGGUAUAUUCAAUGGGUUCAAAGCUUCGGAAGAAUGUCCGUAAUCUGUCUCCGAUAUUCAGUCAUAUGAAAUGGAGAGAGGAAGAAACAAAAGGUUAUAUGGAUCAUGUAAAGUGGUUAUUGUGAGGUAAUAAUAAUGCACUUACAUUUGGCAGAGCUUAUAGUCCUCUCUAGCGUCUAGCGCUUGUAGUGGUACAAUCCCCACUUCGGGAUAUAUUGUAGGUAACCUCAGUCUUUUGGAUUAACUGGAGCUCAAACGACAACAAAAGUAGGGGGCCAAUAAUAGUGCUCUCAAUAAGGUAAAAACCAAGUGUAAAAAGAUAUAUAUGAAAUAUACUCACACAACAUAGAGCAGGCUGACUGCUCAAUGGUAUCGGUUCUGGUGGUAUGAUCCACACCUCAGAUUUCUUUAGAGUGGUGAUAAAAACGGGCAGGUACCAUAAAAAAAAGAAAAAUAACAUUAAAGGAAAUUGGUACAAACCUAGAUAUAUUUAUCCAAAAGAAUAGUACAAAAUAAAACAUCCAAUGACAUGUUUCGCCGUUGUGGCUUUUUCAAAUGGGGUGGCUACAUGAGAUUUAAAUAGGGUUAUGAUAAUUUAAAAUUGGCGCCAAAAAUCAGUCAUGGGCUGUUCUCCAAUAAAAUACAAUCACUCUUUAUAAGGUGCAAAUCUGAAGAUCAUACAUAUCAUAUGAUAGAUAAUUUGGUGGGGAGUGGAGGUAUAUAAUUAUAUUGUAUAAAGUAUAGUAGUGGCUUCUAAAGCCAGAACAUGUGACCCACGUCAAAUGCGCGUCACAGUAUCGGCCGUUAAGCCUUCUGGGAGCUGUAGUUCUCAAUAUGAUGCAUGUGAUGUCGGCAGAAUACACUAGUUUCCCGACAUCACAAUAAGGCUGCCAGCACUUAAUUAGUGUACACUUUAGGUGGGAGAUGAUAGGAUGAGGUGUAGGAUUAGUACUCGGAUUGGCUCAAUAAUUGAAAAUGAUAAAAAAAAAAAUAACAAAUAGCCACGGCAGCCAUCUUGGUGGAGGAAAAUAUUGGGAGAUGGAAAAAAUGGUGGCGGCCAUAUUUCCAGAAAGAGAUAAGGUGGCCAUAUUGAAGGGGGCAUACCUAAACAAGUAGAAAGGAAUUCAACAAUGCACAUAAUAUAAUCGAAUUACAAAUCUACAUAACAAUAAGAAACAGGAUUAUACACAUAAAUGCAUAAAUAAAUAGAGCCCUUAAGGCAGGUAGAAUGAGAAGUGGCUGGGAUAAUGCAUCAGACAAAAGAAACAAAACCGCCUAAAAUACCUGAGAGAAAGUUGUUAUGGUAGGGAAGCUCUAAAUCACAAUGCCGUAGGAAAUACAACUGCGAUUGGAGUAUCCCUAGGAUAACAUAAAAAAUUCCAGGGAGGUGCUUUUAUUUUUGACUGACUGUGCACAUGGUCCUAUGCCCAAAACAGUUCCAGGGAAUCAGGACUAACGGUCGGUCUCUCUGUCUGGAGUACAAAAGUACAUUACUCAGAUGAACAGAGCCUUUUUAAGUGCAUUGGGCAAGGUAUAUUGCCGGGCCCAUAGUCCUGAGGCAAGCGGCUGGCCAGCAGGCCCCUCCAUGAACCCGUGAUGAGGUUUGGUUCAUCACAUUGCAGAUCCUGAAAAGCUUUGUAGAUAUGCUUUCCAAUGAGGAGGGCCUAAUGUGCUUGCAGCGUUCACCACAAACAACUUUGUAUUCCUAGAGCUAUAGUAUCUCUAAUUAUUAUUUAUAUAGCACCAGCAAAUUCUGUAGCGCUGUACAAUGGGUGGACUAACAAACACGUAACCAGACAAGUGGACGCACAGGAACAGAGGUUGAGGUCCCUGCUUAAUGAGCUUACAUGCUAGAAGGAGUGGUUCCCAACCCAGUCCUCAAGUAUCCCCUAAUAGUUCAACAUUUAAGGAUUACCCAGUUGUGUCUAAGGUGUUUUUAGGGAAAGAAAAAAAAAAAACACUUUCUAUACAACAGGGUAAUCCCUAAAUUCUGGACUGGUAGGGGAUACUUGAGGACUGGGUUGGGAACCGCUGUGCUAGAGGGAUGUCCACAAUCAACAAUUUUAAAGGGACACUAUAGUCACCAGAACAACUACAGCUUAAUGAAUUGUAUACAGCUUAAUGUGUUUGUAUACAGCUUAAUGUGUUUGUUCUGGUGAGUCCCUGCAGGCUUUUUGCAUGCUUAGGGACACUUCUAUUGACCACACCACAGACUGCCACUAAAGGCGCAUCCUGGGGACUGACGUUUAGCGGCACUGAACUUUCCUCAGAGAUGCACUGAUUCCCUGUUUGGCCCCACCUCCUUGAUGAUCCCAGCCAAUCCAAUGUGGGAAAGCAUUGGAUUGGCUGAAAUCAUCAAUUCUGUUGUAAGCCAAAGAGGAGGAUCGGGGGUGGGCAGGCACCUGCAGACCCAUGAAGAGCUUGAAAUAAGGUAAGUUUUAACCCUUUCUAAGGAGGCAUUGAUGGGACUAUAGGAUCAGGAAUACAUGUUUAUGUUCCUGACCCUAUAGUGUUCCUUUAAAUAUUUGGUGUCGUGAUGCAAUUUAAAGAUAUGCAACUAACUCCCUCUCCAUGGAGUUUUGCAAGGCUUUAAAUACUGGGUGAAUCUGGGAAGUCAAGUCUUGAUGUUGAUACAUCAUUUAUAUAAGCAAUAUGUCCACCCACAUGUCAUCUUCACUAGAAUCCUGGUGACACUGACAGGGGAUCCGACGACCCCCAAAUGCAGUAAUCCAGCCUGUUUAUAUAAAUAUUUCUAUUCAUGGAAUGGAUACAAUGUUAUCAUAUUACUCUCUGAUUAUAAUAACCAGAUGAAUCCGCUGAUUUGAAAAUGUUAGUAAUCGCUAAAUCCCUUUUCAGAGCUGCAUUAAAUAUGAUGUAUACGUGCUGUUAAUCAGAGCCUUUUCAAAGAAUGUCCUGUCUCACCAACAGGUGCACAAGUAAAAUCUCUAUAAUCUUAAGGCAUUUAAGUAUUUUCAUUUGCGUUAAAUUGACUCAGCCACAAACAUAUUUACAUGAUAAUUACACGUUUUGAAGCCUGUCUCCAAUUUCCCUCAUUCAUGUGCUAAUUCCGAUUUUCUGCUUCUGUCUCCGUAGCUUUGUCCAGCUGCGCUAGUGUGAAGGAGCUGACUCGCACCAAGCAGGGGCCUUUCACAUUGGAGGAACACACUCUGCGAGAGGAGAGCUGGGACAUCGCCACCAUCUCCAAAGCCCUGCAGGACUGGGCUCACCUGCUCCCAGCUCAGCCCGGAAACAAACGGCUCAAAUCAGAGUGAGGAACUUUGUCCCGUCUACUUAACAGCGACUUCAGGAAAGCAGACUGAACGAUGUGCUCUCACAUGUGGACGUUGGGUGCAGUGUGAGCCCCACAGAGACAUGCUUCAAUUACCUCUUACACCUCACUUAACUAUGAAUUGGAAGGGAACAGCUAGAAAGGAGUCAUCUAGUUGAACUGUUUUAUUUUUUUUGGGGGGUGGGGGGCUUACACAGUAAAUUUGUCAUUUUCUAGAAGGUAAAAGAACCAUUUAGAAACAGUUUUCAGUAAUAUUCUUUUGUCUACGACACCUUAGCAGCGGCACGCACCUUACUGCUCCUGUGGCCGCCGUCACUGAAAUCAGUCAUUGAGAGCAGAUUGAAACCCUGUUCUUUCCAUACACUGUUUGAUUAAAGUGUGAAAAGGAAUUUAUUACCUCUUAAUAAAACCUGUUUUAUUUAUGUCUGGACCCACGGAGGGUAUUAUUGUCUUAUUAUGAUUAGAGUUUAUUAAGCUACAAUGCAAUGUAACAUGUCUGAUCAGGUUCUGUAAAGGCAGAGGAGAGCCCGGUCCACACAUGGUUCUCAGCCUUUGCUGUACUGCCACGGGUGCUCUGAGAGGACAGAACGUGCC